ACUUCUUGGACCAUAUCGUAUUCAUUCAUUCAUCAGAACCACCUCCUUGACUCAGUACCCCUCUCCCUGCCUCCCCCCUCCUCCCCCUUUUUUCCAACGCGGGGGGUUCGUUCGCUGCAAUCCCCUCCUCCUCAUUCAUCAGCAUCACAAGUCUUCCCUUUCUCACUUUCAUCUUUCGACGUUUGACUCAUCAUGGCCACUACACACGUCAUUGGGUCUUCGAACCCUGCGAACCAUCUCUCUUCCGGUGGAUCCCACUCGUCGAGCUCGAGUAAUAUCGUGGGCGUGCAUUAUAAAGUCGGCAAAAAGAUUGGAGAAGGGUCUUUUGGCGUCAUUUUCGAGGGUACCAAUCUUCUCAACUCUCAAACCGUCGCCAUAAAAUUCGAACCACGCAAGUCGGAUGCUCCGCAGUUGAGGGACGAGUACAGGAGUUACAAGAUCCUCUCUGGUUGUGUUGGCAUUCCUCAGGUCUAUUACUUUGGUCAAGAGGGUCUGCACAACAUACUCGUCAUUGAUCUCCUUGGACCAUCGCUUGAGGACUUGUUUGACAUGUGCGGACGAAAGUUUAGCGUCAAGACGUGUUGCAUGACUGCGAGACAAAUGCUGUCUCGAGUCCAGACUAUACAUGAGAAGAACCUCAUUUACCGAGAUAUCAAACCAGACAACUUUUUGAUCGGGCGACCGGGCACCAAAGGAGCCACGACGGUCCAUGUAGUCGACUUUGGAAUGGCCAAGCAGUACAGAGAUCCAAAGACCAAACAGCACAUCCCGUAUAGAGAGAGGAAGAGUCUGAGCGGGACAGCGAGAUACAUGAGCAUCAACACACAUCUCGGUCGAGAGCAAUCCCGGCGAGACGAUCUCGAAGCGCUCGGACAUGUCUUUUUCUACUUCUUACGUGGAGGUCUGCCCUGGCAGGGACUCAAAGCGGCUACUAACAAGCAAAAGUACGAAAAGAUUGGCGAGAAAAAGCAGACCACACCGAUACCAGAGUUGGUGGAUGGGUAUCCGCAGGAGUUCGCCAUCUACCUCAAUUAUGUUCGAAAACUUACAUUUGACGAGACGCCCGAUUACGACUUUUUGAGAGAGCUCUUCUUGACUGCCAUGAAGAACAAUGGGGAUGAGGAUGAUCAAGUGUACGAUUGGCAGCUGUUGAAUAAUGGAAAAGGUUGGGAGACGAGCAGCACGGCCGCUGCGUCUACCACCAAUGAGGCUAGCAGGCGUGAAGGUCGUACACGGCCAGAGAAAGAUUACAAGGAUCGUAUGGAGAGGAUGCGAAGCGGUCCCUCCGGUGGUCCAGGUGCAUCACCGCUGAAACAACGCAAAUCCGCGGGUCAAAGUGGACCUUUACCAAAUGCUUCCAAUCAAGCCAUAGUCGGAGUGUCAGCGCCUUCUCCACUUCCCACUUCCCGUCGUCAAUCUGCUCAGGGACAUCCGUUCGCUUCUGCGAAUCCAGCUCAUCACGAUUCUGCUCGAGACGGUGGACGAGAGCCGUACGAUCCUUCCAAUAUGGCUAUCCCAUCACAGGCUGGACUUCAACCCAUUGCGCCAAUGACUGUCAAUGGACAAGGCGGAAACACGGCAAAUUCGAGUCAAAGAAUGGGCGAAGGGGAUUAUCAACAGCAAAAAGGUGGAAAUGGGUUCAUGAGGUUGAUCUCAUGUGGCUGUUGUCGCUAGCGCUCGCUGCUGCCCACCACCCGAACCCGAUCCCGUUUCCGGACUGGAUCACAUCCCUGGCAUCUCAUCAACCGUCUUCUCACCGCGAUCCUCUCCUUCCCUCCAGCCUCUCGUCAUCGAGUCACUACCCCGACGCCCUUGUUCAAGUUCU